UUCCCAAUGUCUUCCCUUAUAGAAGCAAAGAACAAAGGAGUUUGUUGAAACCAAAUUUCCCAAAAUAUGUUAGGAUUUAGAUUGCUCUUUAAUUUCUUCUUUUGCCUUUGUAUUUCUUAACUGACUCAAUUUCAUUCAAAAUUCAAUGGAAGAUCUUAACACAUUUGCUGCUGACUGCGUCGUUGUAUCAUGUUGCUGCAACUGUCUUGUUCUCCAAAUCGUGAUCUUCAUCUUCCUUGGGAUUCCUCAAAAACUGAUCAAGAACACAAGAAAAUGUUACACAAAAUGGGGCAUAAACGGAAGAACAAAAAGAAUGGGGCUCGAUUAUGAAUGUCGAGGAAACACCGGGGUCGAUUGGGAAUGGAGAAAAGAGACUCUGAGUAUAGAGAUGGAGGGCUUUGGAUGUAUUGAAGAAGUUGAAGAGGCUUUACAGGAGUUUUCAAAGAAUGGUGAGUUUUUGUUUGGAAGCUUCUGGCGAAAAGAGAGGGUUCAAAACUUGUCAAUGUCAAGUUGUGUUAAUGAAAACUUUGACCUAAAAUUUGUAAGUCGUUAUGAGAUAAUCGAAGAAAAUUUCUACUCCUUGGAUUAUACAUUAACAACUUCACAUAUUGAAAUUAGUGGAAAUAAAAAUAGCCCUUGUAUCCACUAGGUUGGGGUUUUGCUUGUUCCCAACUUCAGAGAUCCGUAUUUUUUCAGCCAUGUUCUGAUCAUCAUAUAGUUAAUAAAU